UAACUGUCUUAUCUGGUUGUACUGCAGAAGUAACCAAAUUUCUAUUAAUGUUUGUAUCUUUGACUAUUACUCGGUGUUCUGCAUGUGUUUCUGUUUUAUUCGUAUUUGAUACAGUGGGAACUUCAGUAACGUCAGUGUCUUUAUCUAGAUUUACUUCUUUUUCUUUGCUGUAUUUCACAGCAUUUGCAAACGAUUUAGUUCCAUUUUUUCUAUUUGUUAUCAACAAAUCUUCAUUUGCAAGCGAUUUAAUUCCAUUUUUGUCUAUUUGUUAUCAACAAAUCUUGUAUGUGAAUUGUAUAAUCCUUCAUUUUUAUCACAUCUUCCACUUGAAUUCCCAUUUCAUAUUCUUUGUGGCAUUCUUUGUGUUUCUAUUUUCGUUUUUGAUUUCGUUUGGCAUACCUUCUUUAAUGUAGAGAACUGGGUCAUCAGUGACAAAAAAUUGUCAGUUAUGUCACUGAUCUACUUCUAACCGUUGAUCUUCGAGAAACGACCCUGUUUCAGCGG